AUGACGUCACGGAAUUUCCGCAAAAACUUACGAUAUGUCGAUAAACCAACCAUUUUUCCAUGGACCGAUGAAUGGUACACUGUAGUCGCUGAGUAUAAUGCUAGAGUCACAGAAUGGUUUAAACAGAGAACAAAAGACGGUCACAACUACUCAAAGUGCCCACGAAAACUCAAGUACGAAAGCCAACGUAAACCCGCGAGGCGGUCAACGAAGACAUCUCUAAGAGCAUCCCUGCAGCCAACUGAUUUACUCGAUUCAUGGGCUAAUAAGUCUACAAUGAGUGUUGAUGAUCCCAUUAAUCCUGAGUCCUCUGCAGCUAUAUAUGGUUCUAAGCCUCCUAUUGAUUGCAUUGAUGAUAUUGAUAGCCCAAUCCAGUAUCCAUCUACAAGUAUUUGUAAUACCAUUGAUUCUAUUGAUGUUGGGUGUACUUCAUCAUCUGAUUCUUUACCUAUGAAUAAUGCCAACAUCAUAUAUGAUGUUGGUGGUAAUAGGUCAAAUGCUUAA